AUGUGGGACCAAGCCAAAAAGAUUAGAGGCUCUGACAUAUCAUUCAACACGUCAACCUCACAGCAAAUUGAUGCCAACACAAUCAAAACCCACUUUGUCUUUAUGUCAACUGACCCGUCUUACAAAAUUUCACCAACAAAAGCAACAACAAUCAAUAUUCGUCAUCAACAUCAACAAUUAACCCAAUAUUCCGUUCUGCACAUGCUAACAAAAGCCUGUCUAUCCGGUACAGCUCCCUCCUGGUCUGGUUUUGCUACACAACAACAACUUCAGCAACUACAAUCUCUCAUCAAAAAACUAAUCCGCUUCAACUAUCUACCUGCAUCAUAUCCUACUGUCACUCAGAUAUUUAACAUACUCAAUUCAAGACUGUUCAAAAAACAUGGAACAUUGGAUUUUGUGGCCGCUAAAUCGGGUUACGAGAUUACGGUUAUCACUGUGGAAACAGCAGGAGAAUUUUUAGACUAUGCGCUGGUGACGUUUCUGUUGCCCAUGCGCAAAGCUAAACCACACAUAAUAACAAAAUUAGUACGAUGUUGGAAGAGAUAUGACAAAGCUGCAUUUCGGAGUUCCUUGAUGACGACUAGAGGUCUACAUGGAAAACUUCGCGCAAAUUUUCCCGCAAAUACCCGCGGGAAAACUGAGGGUUGGGAACAGAAGUUGGAGAGGAAUUCGCGGGGCGGGAAUGAAACGCGAGGGAAAACCGCCGGGCGGAUAUUUUUCGUGCGGGAAGUACCGUGGGACGGGAAAAAUUUUAGAGGGAAAACCGCAGUUGACUUGACUUUGAUGGCGAAGUUCCAAAAUUAA